AUGACUCCCGCGCCGAAAUAUCCGAGGCAAGGCCGGCCGCCGCGACGAUAUGCGCUGCGCAAUGUCACAGAUAGUAGCGUAAAUACCAAACGCGUAACGCCGCUUUUCAAGAUAAUCGCUUCCAAGGUCAUCACCGAGGCGUCGCCGCCUCCGAUCAAAGCGCAGCGUCACGUACCCGACCAGCGGGUCAGGCCGGGCGAUGUAAUAAUACACCCGUUUGACAGUCCCAAACAUUUCGACGGAGCAGUGCGCAUAUUCACCCGCCUUCCAUUUAUUCCCGGCCUGUUCGGCCAGACGCCGCGUCUCUAUGGCAAGGACCGCAACCGGCUCGAGAUCCAAAUCCAAUACCCAAAAUACGGGUUUUGGAGAGUUGUCAACAGGCUGCACUUGGGUGGCGACCCGACCGCAGCGCGGCUGCGAGUGCACCAUAUCCGCCAACUCCAGGGCACCCUCUUAAACAAUAUAACCAUCCUUUGUGCUUGGCGCAUUGCCUUUAGCAGCGACGUGUCAAACCUGCGUAUUGUACACCAAUGCACACCAUCGUCGAUGUUUCUGCCGCUGUUCGACACAUUUGAUCCGACCACAUGCGCCGAGCAGGAUGACGAGACGCCUGACUGGAUGCAACGCGAGCAGGACAUGGUGCGGAAGGUUGUGACUUAG